CCUUUCGGUGACACCCAACUAGACACAGUUUAACGGUCAGGUCACCUCACUACUGUACAAACAGCCUUCUCUCAGUCACCUGUGAAGAUGUCCAACUCUGUAAGAAAUGCAUGGGUCGUCACCCAUGUGCAACCCACUGGGAAUGAUGUGGGGGUUGUGGAUGUCUCUUCCCCCCCAUGGUCCCUGGGACAGACGGUCUCCUUAAAGCUGGGACGCUUCCGGGAGGGCCAUCCAAAAGCACUGGGGACAGUACAGAUCAUGAUUGGUGUAAUGAUCCUGUUGAUUGGAAUCUUGAUGGCUUCGUCAAUACGCCAAGACAAUAUUGGAGUAUAUAGUGGAAUAUUUGUAUGGGGAUCUCUCAUUUAUGUCAUUGCUGGCUCUCUCACGGUUGCUGCUGACAACCAACUGAACAAAUGUCGGGUGAAAGGCUCCCUGGGAAUGAAUGUUGUUGCCGCAAUUACAUCUUUCAUGGGCAUCAUUCUGUUUUCUUUAGACACUGCUGGCAUUCUGCAGUACUACUGUGUCUAUUUCGACUGUCACAUGUAUUGGAACAGUUCCCAGGAACUUUCGGCAGUUUUGGUUAUUUUGUCACUGCUGGAGUUUAUAGUGUCCAUCUGUGUUUCGUCAUUUGCCUGCAAAGCAGUCUGCCAGUGUUGUCAGUGCUGCCACACCCCUACAGUGAGUGCAGUAUAA